AUAUUUAAAUUUAUAUACAUCACCAACUCAAUCCUUCCAAGAAAAAGAAAAGAAAUUUUACACUACAGGACUGCCAUAUGUCAUGUCUAGUCCAAAUUAUGACAUUUCUGCUGUUCCAGAGCCAGCAUCACAAGAUCCUAAAGAUGUGGUAGAUUCUGGAAUAUUAGAAGAGAAGCCCAAGAUAAUCAUUUCAUUCAUAAAGAAUCUUACAGAUCUUCAAAUCUUUUUCUACGGUGCUGACCACGAUGCCAACGGCUAUUUGACUUACAGUGAGAUAGGGAGCCUCCUAGGAGAAGAGACACCAGAACAAGAGCAACUGGAGCUAUUUGAUGCUGACGACGACAAGACGUUCUCCUACCCUGAACUUACCAGAGCGUUUGGACUGACUGGUAAGGGGCUUCAGGGGCUGGAACAUUGGUGAGGCCGGGGGACAGGGAGCCUGGAACAAAGUUCUGUAUAACAGCCCCAAACUAAGCAAUCCACAGCUUAAAAUUUUUAGUUCACAACUGACUCCAAAAGCAAAGAUUAUAAGAAAACCUCGAAAUUAUCAGACAGAGCAUCCCAUUCUGAACGCAGUGAUAAAUAGGAAAACAAGUCAUUCAGUUUAAUUGCAUGAAUAGAGGGUUUCCUUAACCUCUAACCAGAAGGGAGGUUAAGGAAAGGCACAGUGAUCCGUCGUCCUCUGUACUUGCUACGAGGAUUUUAGGAUGACACCCUUAAGACUGGAACUUUAAAGCUCAAGUAGUAUAAAGCGAUGAGGUGAAAGGAAAACUGGAAGGCUACAAUCCGUGAGAUAGAAUAAAAAGUGACAGCAAUGUAAGUGACAUGAAAUCGUACAGAAUCUAAAAACACCUCUUAAA